CUUCUGUGGAGUCCAUUCUCGUUAUAUUCUACGGAAUGUAUUGUAUCAAUUGGGAUAGACAGCUUAACUCUGCUAUGCACCUGGUGUGUAGUUUACAACAACAGCCGACUGAGCAAUUACCUUUACCACAUGGACACGUUGGGCAAUCAGUAGAUUCCUUUCCAGAGCUUCUGUUGGUAUCAGGAUGGGGGUUUUAUCACCAGGUUCGUCGUCCACGCACCUGUUUUAGUACAGAGCAGUUGGAGGCUCUUGAGGAAGCAUUCAAGAAAACGCCUUAUCCAGAUGUACCAACAAGAGAACGAUUGGCUGUUUGUUUCAAUAUUCCGGAAGCCAGGAUUCAGGUUUGGUUUAAAAACAGACGUGCAAAGAUUCGCAAAGGCCAUAAGUGUGAGGUACACAGGAAUACGCCGCCAACAGGACGGCUGUAUAACAGGGAACAGAAGUUGAACUCUGAAAAGGGAAAUAACUACUCACAUUCACAUGGAGACUAUUGUUCAUCAAAGAAAUGCAGGGAGAAGCAUGUUUGUUCCUGUCACAGAGAUUUCUGUGAGCCCAAGAGGUACAUGGAGAUGCCAGCAUCAAAGACUUGUAAAAACCACAAUUAUAUAGACAUUGAUAGAUGGUUAAAUACUUGCAGAUCAGGCUACCCUGUCAUGCUGCAAUUGCCACUACACCCCUGGAAUUUGGUGGCAUCUGUACCAACUUAAUUAGUUUAUAUUAUUGCGGCCAAAUGCAUCUUGAUUAGAAUUGCAGUAUAGAACAAUAUGUUUCUGAAUACUUAGCUAGAGAUUAUUCUUGAACAAUGUUCGUUCUCUUUUUGUUUUCAUGGAAGUGAAGAAAUAUUGCUGUUUUGGGAACCAAUAGUACAGUAUGUUGUGUUAUAACUGAUUUCAAUAAAACUCUUGACCGUAUACAAACUAAA